AUGUUCGAGAAAAUCAUCUUCGGAAUCGCCAUCCUGCAAGUGGUAUGGGCAGCAACGACAUGCACAGAGGCUAGCAGUGACCCGCAAACAGGACAGUGCGCAACAGGAAAGUGCGACGUCUGGAUUGGGGGCUCAAACUUCUGCUCCCAGUGCUCGACAGCAGCAGAAUACCUUAUCAACGGACUCUGUUAUCCAGAUAACAAAGACAACGGAUGCGAGGGACAGCCAUCUACUGGCGUUUGCACCCAGUGUGCUCAGGGCUUCUUCCUGCACAGGGGAGGGUGCUACAAGAUAGGGACGGAGCCGGGGAAUCUCAUUUGCGAGGACACGCAGGCGUCACAAACUCAAGGGGUCUGCGAGGCGUGCAGCUCGGGAUAUUUCAAGAAUCCAGCUGCUGAUGCUGCAGGGACGCCACCCUGUAUAGCAUGCAACGACACGGUCGGUAACAGUAAUAACGUGGGGAUCGCCAACUGUAAGACGUGCGCCUCUCCCAGUGCAGCCGGAACUGAGAAUGCACCACAGACCGCCACGUGCACAGCAUGCGUGGACGGGUUCUCCCCGGAUUCUACUGGGAAGACAUGCGUAGCGGUACAAUGCGCAGAGAACUGCCUGACCUGCACCAGCAGUGGAGAAGACAAGUGCAAGUCAUGUAAGGAUGGCUACUUCCUGGGCGCAGCCUCUGGUGGAGAGGGCAAGUGCAUCAAGUGCAAUGACACAACAGGAGCUAACAGCUACAAAGGAAUUGCUAACUGCGCCAAGUGCACUCAGCCACAGAGUGCUGGCCCUGCAGUUUGCACUGAGUGCGCCGCAGACCUCUACUUGAAAAUAGAUAGAGGCGUUAUGGAGUGCGUCGCGGCAGCAGGAUGCGGCGAGGGCUUCUUCCCGACAACCGUCGGCGGUGUUAAGAAGUGUAUUGGCUGUAGUGAAGCCGGAAACGGUGGCAUAGACAAAUGCGCAAAGUGCACGCUUAAGACGCCUGCUCCUGAGGCAGGAGUCAAGGUCACCUGCUCUGAGUGCGACAGUCAAAAGAAGCUUAGCCCCCUCAAGGACGAGUGCAUGGACAGCUGCCCCGCCGGGACAUACGACAAGCAAAACGUCUGUACCCCUUGCCACUCGUCGUGCGCCAGCUGCACAGAUGCGACCAGCACUACUUGCACCGCAUGCUACCCUGGGUUUGUGUUGAACGCUGCAUCCGGUGCGUCUGCUGGCACAUGCAUCCCAGAGUGCACAGGACAGUACGCAGAGAACUGUGCAGAUGGACAAUGCACGGCCAUCGUUGGGGGCUCGAAGUACUGCAGCAAGUGCAAGGCCGGAUACGUUCCAGUGGACGGCGUCUGUGUGUCGACAACGACAAGAGCAGUAACUGGAUGCACCCCGGGUGAUGGGGUAUGUACUGCGUGUACAGGUUCAUACUUUCUGCAAUCGGGUGGGUGCUAUCAGUCAACAACGUAUCCUGGUAAUACUCUCUGCUCUAGUGCUACCAAUGGAAAGUGCCAGACAUGUGCCAACGGGCAAACAGCAGAUAACCAAGGCUCCUGCCCGGCGUGUCCGGAUGGGUGCUCAAAGUGCACGGGAAGUGCUUCUCCACAGCAGUGUCAAACUUGUCUCCCCGGAUACUACAAGUCCGGGGAUAGCUGCGUGAAGUGUGAUGCUAGUGCCAACGGAAUAGUUGGUGUGCCUAAUUGCAUAAGCUGCGCUCCUCCAGCUGGUGGUAGUGGCUCUGUUACUUGCUAUGUUAAAACAGAUGGCACUAGUGGUGGUGAUGAUAACACCGGUGGUAGCGCCAACAGGAGCGGCCUCAGCACAGGCGCCAUAGCGGGGAUCUCCGUCGCUGUCAUCGUCGUCGUGGCCGGCCUCGUGGGCUUCCUCUGCUGGUGGUUCAUAUGCAGGGGGAAGGCGUGA